GGCCCGCGCUACUCUAUCGGUGUACUGCCACUAGUUCCUGACUUCCAGAGACUCAUCAUGUCUGAGGCUGCUCCUGCUGCCCCCGCUGCCGCGCCCCCUGCGGAGAAGGCGCCUGCCAAAAAGAAGGCCGCCAAGAAGCCCGCUGGGGUGCGCCGGAAGGCGUCCGGACCCCCGGUGUCCGAACUCAUCACCAAGGCUGUGGCCGCCUCCAAGGAGCGCAGCGGCGUGUCCCUGGCCGCGCUCAAGAAGGCGCUGGCGGCCGCGGGGUACGAUGUGGAGAAGAACAACAGCCGCAUCAAGCUCGGCCUGAAGAGCCUGGUGAGCAAGGGCAUCCUGGUGCAGACCAAGGGCACCGGCGCCUCCGGUUCCUUCAAACUCAACAAGAAGGCGGCUUCCGGCGAGGCUAAGCCCCAGGCUAAGAAGACAGGGGCUGCCAAGGCGAAGAAACCCGCGGGAGCAGCCAAGAAGCCCAAGAAGGCGACUGGUGCUGCCACACCCAAAAAGGCGGCCAAGAAGACCCCGAAGAAGGCGAAGAAGCCCGCGGCGGCGGCAGUGACCAAGAAAGUGGCCAAGAGCCCAAAGAAAGCGAAGGUCACCAAGCCCAAGAAGGUCAAGAGCGCGUCUAAAGCCGUAAAGCCGAAGGCUGCCAAGCCCAAGGUUGCCAAGGCCAAGAAGGUUGCAGCCAAGAAAAAGUAGGCUGCCUCCUCUAACAGUCCCAAAAGGCUCUUUUCAGAGCCACCACUUCCACUUAAGAGCUGUGACAUUUGUGAUUAAUGAAGCAAGGUUGCGUGGGACUCGGCCCCGGCAGCACUCGCUCCCUCGGUGGGAUGGGUGGGGUUGCGUGUCCCACCUAGACUUGUUUGUGCUGGGCGGCUCAGGAAGUGCUAUGGCCUGGAACACCCUCCCCCCACGGCUGUCAGCUGCUGAAAGCAACCCUCGGCGCUAGUUCGUAUUGGACUGCAAGGUGAUUUGAAAGUUCCGCCCUGCUUGUGGGUUGGCUCACUCCGUCCCAGGACUCUAGUUCUUAGUUUGAUUGGGCGCCAUCCCCAAGUUUGAGCUUCCUGCCUGGAGAAACGCAUCCGGGGCUUGUAGGUGGCUUCAGUGCUCAGCCUCUUUUCUGGGGGUUAGCCUGGAAGUUUGGGAGAAGGUGGGGUGCUGGCGCCAACGAACUGCCUUCCUUAACAUUAAAGACAUUUAUGGGGCAGCUGCCGGAACGAUUAGCCUGCACAGUUAAGUUGAACUCAGGACUGAAACGAUUGCUUCUCUUACUUUCGAUUUGUUUGCCACAGCGAUGGAGUUGUGGGUUGAACUGCGUCACAACCUUUGUCAGCCAUUUUUUAAAGUUUUUUACCAUUACCAAUUAUACUUUCUUUGCCUUAUUUUGAUGCAGCAUAGUUGUAGAUUAACUUUGUUUUGCGUCACCUUCCGGAGUCGCUUGCUUUAUACGUGUGUGUCGUCACUAAAGAUUGACUUUAUAAAUACUGAGGUUUCUUGGUAAUGCUUUAUACAAUCCAAAAUGUUAAAUUGGCUAUCUGUUGAAAGUUGUGUGCUUCUAAUAAAAAGCGUUUAGUUUUCAUUCA